AUGGUCGCCUUCAAGGCAAAGCGAAGUGAUCCUGAGCUAGUGCCACCAGCACUGCCAACACCUCGAGAGACGAAGGCCCUCUCCCACAUCGACACCCAACCUGCUCUCCGCUUCUACGCCGCCGGAGUGGAGUUCUUCCGCCGGCGGCCCAUCGUCGACGAUGUUCAUGACCCACCCAAGGUCGUGAAGGAUGCUGUUGCGAAGGCCCUGACAUACUACUACCCGGUGGCUGGUCGGAUCCAUGAGCUCCCCGGAGGUGAGGGUGAGCUCGUCGUGGAGUGCACCGGAGAAGGAGUGGUGUUUGUGGAGGCCAACGCCGACGUGACGCUGGAUGAGUUGGGGGAUCCCUUGGUGCCACCAUACCCAUGCGUCGACGAGUUCUUCUGUGACCCUGGUGACACUAGUGUCGUCAUUGGCAAGCCCCUCGUGUUCAUGCAGGUGACGAAGCUCAAAUGUGGUGGGUUUGUUAUUGGUACUUACUCAUGCCACAACAUUGUGGAUGCCUUUGGCCACACCCAAUUUCUGAAAGCUAUAGCCGACAUAGCACGCGGUGAUGAUCAUCCAACUGUUCUUCCCGUGUGGGGGAGAGAGCUUAUGGCAGCUCGUAAUCCACCCAAUAUUGAUGUCACGUGCCUGCAGCACUACUCCAUCUGUACCAACAUAAUUUCACCAUUGGCGACAGAAGAUGAUAUGGUCGGUGAGUACUUUGUGUUUGGCCCAAGAGAAAUAACAGCACUGCAGCACCAUGCAGCACAACUGUCAAGUAGUACUACAGCAUUUGAGGUCAUAACAGCUGCAUUGUGGAGAUGCCGUACAGUAGCUCUUGGGCAUCAUCAUCAGACUGAGACGACACCAACAAGCUUGUUGAUGACCAUGAACGCCCGUGGCAAGUGGAAGCAUGAUCCACCUCUACCGCAGGGCUUCUACGGCAAUGGAUUCGUCUACCUUGUUGUGGAGGCAGACGCCGACGAGCUACGCAACAACUCGCUCGGCUACGCGGUCGAGCUCGUGCAGAAGGCCAAGCUCAACAUGACGGAAGAAUUCGCGAGAUCAAUGGUGGAUUUCAUCGCGCUCCAUGGGGGCCCGCCCUACGUGCCAGGAUGGACGUUCGUCGUGUCUGAUAUCACGCGUAUUGGGGAGGAUGCUCUGGAUUUCGGUUGGGCUCAACGGGUUGGUGGCGGCGUUCCCAUGAUCGGAGAUGUCAAAUGUAAGCAGGUGAGCUACCAGAUGAGAUGCAUCAAUGGCAGUGGUGAGGACUGUGUUGUGGCAUCCAUGUUUCUGCCAAAACCAGCCAUGGAGGUAUUUGCCAAGGAGAUCUUGAUGCUGUCUAAGGAGAUCGAUUGA